CGCAUCUCAUCUGCCAUUACUUCAAUCUCAGCUGAUUUUGUGUCGACUUUGUUGUCGUUCCGUAUUUACAAAACUUGUCAUAAAACGCCCCAAACUUCCGUUGUCACAACAUAAGAACCAGUGCUGUAAUCACCCAUUACAUCAUUGUUCCUGAUGAACCCAUAAAUUUGGUAAUCGGUUCGCAUUUUUCGCCCGCUUGUCGUUCCAAAGAUGGGGGCCGGCGUGAGCGCAGGUGAGAAUAACGACGAUCUCAUCGAUAACCUCAUCGAGGCCAAUUACAUCAAGACGGCAUCGGUGGAAAGGGUGUUCCGGGCUGUGGACAGGGGGGCCUAUUUACUACCGGAGCCCCCAGCUGAUGCCUACAGAGAUGUGGCGUGGAAAAAUGGAAAUUUUCAUAUCUCGGCUCCUUGUAUCUACAGCGAGGUUAUGGAGGGACUGAAGCUCCGUCCUGGAUUGAGUUUUCUUAAUUUGGGCUCAGGGACGGGGUAUUUGAACACGGUGGCUGGACUUAUUCUAGGCAGCUACGGUAUCAACCACGGUAUCGAACUCCACGAUGACGUCAUCCAAUACGCCUACUUGCGCCUCGAAGAGUUCAAAAAACACUCGGGCGCAAUCGACGAAUACGAUUUUUGCGAACCAAAAUUCAUGCAAGGCAAUUGUCUCUGCUUGGUUAGCGGCUACCACUUGUACGAUCGUGUCUAUUGUGGAGCUGCAUGUCCCGAAAAAUACCUAAGCCAUAUAAAAAAUUUGAUCAAAGUUGGUGGCAUUCUGGUGGUGCCAAUCAAUGAACGUCUCGUUGAAAUGCGAAGAGUUUCGGAGACAAGUUGGUCAACGCAUUAUUUGUUGCCUGUUUCGUUUACGAGUCUCGUUAAACCGGAACAAGGUUCUCAGGAAAUUGUGCCGACAUUUGACAUUGAACCUUUGUCAUUGCAAGAAUUGUGCAGGACUACGAUUCGGAAUUUGUUGAGGAAGAUUAUUGAAAUUGAGCAUCCGGCUGUUAAGAAUGUUAGAAAGACGAGGAAGACGUCCAAGAAGAAAAAACCACUCAAAAAAAAUGGUAGAAAGGACACUAAUCCGAAAACCUCCGAAGAGCUCCUCGACUUCUUCUUGUUAACAAUCGCUCGUAAAAAAAGACGUGAUACGGCCACAGCCGACCGCGAUAACUCAUCAAGUUCAGCCAACAACGACGACGAUUCAGACGGUCCUUCGUCAGACAGUGAUGAUUCAUCAUUAGACGAUCCGCUUGAAACAAUGCAGGAAGCUUUCCACGUUUUAGACCGUCAAACUAAUCACGUUGUUCCAUCGACAAGCAAUUCGGACGAAGCCGGCAGUAGCAAACAAUCCGAUGAUGUGAAAAUCGAAAGCAACGUCAUUAUUCACAGAGAGGCCGGUGAAGAGCGAGCCGAAAACAAAGUGAGCUACAAUAUCACGGUUGAACCGAUGCUUGUCGAGGAACAAAACGAGCGUAAAAAUAACCGAGAUAAGUUCGAUAGUGGCUUAGGAGAUGAGCUGCUUAUUUCGGAAUUGCCCGUGGAUAUGGUCGAGGCAAUGUCGAGCAGUAGCGACGAUGAGCAGAGUAGCAAGAGGUGCAAAAGAGGCUUGAAGGAGAAAGAGAAAAGAUUGAGCUCGAAAUGGCGCAAAAUCGAACGGGUCGAUACGCCGAAAAAAUGUGAUAGUGAUGAUAGUUCAGACAAUGAUGAUAAAAGUGAUAGUGAGAGUGAUUAUGUAGAUGCUAUGAAUAGAAUGAAGAUGUACAUGAGUCCGUACAGUGGACACAUGAAGAGUAAGAUCCAACAACUGCCUCUGCCAUCCAAUGUCAAGAAAUUUCUCAACUUUUAUCGGGAAUUUUAAUUUUGCCCUAAAACCGGUCAGUGGAGGAGGAGGUCUCGUAUGUUACGAGUGUUCAAUUGAAAAAAAAAAGAUUCAGUUCAAUUUUUUUUAUUUGGUCAUUCGUUAGAAUUCGUAAAUUUGGUCUAACCGUUUUUUUGCUAUCAUCUUUUGUUUAAGUUUUACCGAAAAUAAAAAAUUCAUAUAUUCGCCUUAUUGGUAUUGAAACAAAGACGGUAUUAAGGUACUUUUUUUUGAAGAAUUUAAUCCUUUUUUUCAAUGAGUUGUUUAACUGAAAUAACAUAAAGUAGUAUUUUUUGUAAUAGAUACCACAGUUGGUUUUGACGUCUUUGGAAAGCCUACUUAUUUCUGAUAUGAAAAAUAUACAAGGUGAAUUUUUAAAAAUGGCAGGUGCUGUAGAAUGUUUAUUUAUGGUUCGAUUUUAAAAAUUAAGAAAUAAACUAUUUAAUGCUUUUAAAAAAAUCUCAAUGUCAUUAGUAUACCGGGUGUUUUAGUUUAGUACUCACACCCUUAUAUUUUUUUUUAUUUUUGUGGAAAAGUAAUACAGUGCAUAAAUAAAAUGAUAUAAAUAAAUGAAAUAAACUAUUUAAUGCUUUUAAAAAAAUCUCAAUGUCAUUAGUAUACCGGGUGUUUUAGUUUAGUACUCACACCCUUAUAUUAUAUAUUGUUUUAUUUUUGUGGAAAAGUAAUACAGUGCAUAUACAGGGUCGCGCAACAAUAUGAAUACUGUUAAAUUAUUAUGGAAACUAUUCAUCAAUACUUAUUGAACUUUGGUAUAUGCUUAUGAGUAUAUCAAGGACGUUAGUGUUGUACCCUAAUAAAAUAGUUGUAAAGUACGGUGUUCUGCAAACGAUUAAAAUGAACAACUUUUUUAUAAUUUUGUUCCUAACAUAUACAUUGCUUGUAGAUAUGGUUUUUACAAGUAUGUUUUAUACGUAUAUUAAGACAAGAAUCAAUUGUGGCUUUAAUUUAAAAAUAGGUAUAUAUAUUCUUUAAAUUGUAAAUUUAAUUUUUUUUUCAUUGAUUGGUUUUUUGAAAUCAUGAAUUCAAAUUUUUUGAAUUCACAAUAUCAAAAGCAUUGUUAACAAACAAAAUAAAUUCAAUCGUAGCAUCAUAAUUUUUAAUUUUUUUUAGUUUUAAUGUAUGUUUACCAAAAAUUAAGUGUCUCAGCUACAUACCUACUUAAUAAUUGUUGUUUAAAAAAUUUAAAAUGCCUUUUUAUUAGCUUACUACAUAAAGGAAAACCUUCAUUUUCCAGCAAUUAAAUUCAAUUAAUUCCCCUUUAUUAUUUUUCUUUUCUCUCCAAAGGCAUUUCUAAUUAAUUUUACCAUAUGUACUAGAUCUGGUAUAACAUAUGUACUAUUUUUACCUAUUUUAGUUUGUAAUGAAUUUUCUUCCAAAAAAACACCUAAUUUUUUGCCACUAAAAAAUUUGUUGAGCAACCAUUAAAACAUUUACUCUACGUUUAAAUGUACAUUUAAACCAUUUGUAAAGAAAUAACCUAUAGAUACUUUCUGUCUAUGACUAAUUGCCACCAUCAUAGAAACUAAAACUUUACGUUUCUUUUCUUGUUUACCUUCCACAGGAAUGGCCUUGUUUACAAAACUAAAAUAAUUAUUUCCAUCAAAUUCAAUUUGUUGUCAAAAUGCCAUCUCGUCAUACACUAAAGAACAGAUCUCACCUCUUUAGAAUAUAAUACUCGUACAUUCCAUUUUUUAAAUCAAAUUUCAACUGACUGUCAAGUUAGUUUUUCUUGAAAUUAUUUGGAUCACAGUUUUAUUAUUAUUGUUACGCUAACAUGAAGUAUGGGGUCUGAUACAUAUUAAUUAAAUAAAUUAAAUUAAAAAAACUGCUAAAAUCUGAUAGCAAAUUUUAAAAUAAUUAUUCAUAGUUUUGUUACGGAACAAUUACCUGGUAUGAAACAUAUAAAUAUAUAAAAAAAAAUUUAAACUAAAGAAGUUAACACAAUAAGUUUGUAGCUCCAGAUUUUUAAAAAUAUAACUUUAGGAAUUUUUUCAACAUUUUUCCCGUAAUCUGCACUUGCUUCUCAAUAACGUAUCACUGAGUUGGUGCGCCAGUUUUUGAGCACCCUGUAGUGUGGUUUGUUAUAUUUUUUUAAUAAACAAGUUACAAGGAUGCAAAUACUAAACAAAAACACCUAGUAUUUUGAACUAUAUUCAACUUUCUUAUUUUUAAUUGGAACCUAUAUUUUUCUUUUUGUAUUUUGCAAGAUAUUAGUUUUUUUUGUAGUGUUUCAAAAAAUUAAUAAAACGUAAUAAAAUCUAGUUGUAUGGUAUUAAACAAAACAAUGCCGUUAUUGCAAUGUCAAAAAGCAACAAAUAAAAAAAAUGUUACCAAUAGUUGUCCAAAUAAACUUGCAACAUAUAUGUUGAAAGAAAGAGAUUAUUUGAAACAAGAGUAUUUUCUAUGCAGAUAUUUUCGUCUGACUGACAUCGAACUAGAUUUUAUUAACUUUUACGAAUUUUUUUUUCAACUUAUUAAACAAUUUUUAAUAUUAUAUUUCAGCUGUUUGUACUAAAAUUUAGUAGUAAAGCAUUUUUCUAAUUAUAAAAAAGCCAUUUGAUUAAUAACUUUAAUUUUUGAAAUCGGAACUUAAGUAAAAUUCUAUUGCGUCUGCCGUUUUUAAAAACUCACCUUGUAUAAAUUAUAAAGUGAUAUCUUCAUACUUUUGACGAAAAAUAUAUUUAAUGGAUAAUGGUAGUCGGCCAUGGAAAAGGUGAAAUUAUCAGAGUUAGUUAUUUUAUAUUAUACAAAUAAAUACGAUGUCACAGAUCAUAAUUCUAUAAAAAAUGUGCAGAAAAUUUAAAAGCAAGUGUUACCAUCAUUAAAUAACAAAUUUUUUUGUAGAUAGUUUAGUGGCAUUGAAAUUUUUAUUAUUUUUUACCAUAAGUGUACUCUUUUUAUUUAUUACAAUGCAUCAAGAAUGUUGUGAAAGUCUAAAUGCUCCUUUAAUUUAAUGGGUGAUUCACACAAAAGCUGUCAUUUUUCAAAACAAAUUUAAUGACAAAAAUCUUUACGGUUUAAUUACGUUGUUAGUUUUAAUAAAUUUUUUGUUAACUCAGAAACUGGGACCCAUAUCAUGGAUCAUUUGAAUUUUCGCAUGGUUGCCACCUUAAAGUAAUUCCUUUCCACACCUACUUUGAUGCACUUUAAUAUGAAACUAAGUAUAGAUAGACACUUUCUUUGUUAAUUAUUAUGGUAUUGACAGGCAAUCAUAAAAUUAAUAAUUAUUCUAACACUUCAUGUCUAAAAACACGGAUUUUUUAUUAAUCGCAAAGAACUUGAUUAAGAAUAAUUUAGCUGGUUUUGCGUUAACUAAUUUGAAAUAGUUAAUUGAAGCUCCAAUAUUUUUUCAUGGCCAACUACAGACAAUCAAAAUAUUAUGUUUAUAUUAUAUGCAAACAGAAUUUUCUAAUGAGACAUCAAUGGGGCUUUUCGAAAAUUGUCAUAGCCACCUAUAACGUUCAUAAAAAAUACUUAAAAACGGGUGAUUAUUUGAUUACAUUUUUCGUGAAAAAUGGUUUCAAAUUAACUGUUUUAGAUUAGAUUGAAAACAAAAGGCGAUGGCGUGAUAUCAGUUUUAAAACCAUAGCAACUAACGUGGCGCCCUCUCGGAAACAAAAGAAAGGCAAGGAUACUUCCUCCACUGAUCAAGAAAGCUGUGUUUGAAUUAAUUAAUUAAUUAAUUAAUUGACUGGACUAACCUGUUUACAUAGAAUAGAGAGGAGUUGUUAGGGUCGUUCUUAAUAGACGCUGUAAUGUUAUAAAUAGGGAUGUAUCUAAAGGAAUUUUAUACAUUGGUGAUAUUCUGGAAAUUAUAUGUUAGAUCUGA